AGAAGGAGGCGCCCGAGGCAGCCGCAGGAGGGGGGAAAGCGGCAGCUCCAAGCAAAGGGCCGCCGAGAGCUGCAGGGGCUGGGGCCAUUGGGAGGAUCAUCGCUGUGAUCGGCGCUGUGGUGGAUGUGCAGUUCGAGAAGGGCCUCCCGCUGAUUCUGAACGCCCUUGAAGUACCCGGAAGAACCCCGAGACUGAUCCUCGAAGUGUCCCAGCACCUGGGUGACAACGCGGUCCGCACCAUCGCCAUGGACGGGACUGAGGGUCUGGUGCGCGGGCAGGAGAUCAUAGACACCGGAGCGCCGAUCACCAUCCCUGUGGGCGCACCCACACUUGGACGGAUUAUUAAUGUCAUUGGGGAACCUAUUGAUGAGCGAGGCCCCAUAGAGACGGACGUGUUCGCCCCCAUACACGCGGACGCUCCGCCCUUCGUCGAGAUGUCAGUAGAGCAGGAGAUCCUCGCCACCGGCAUCAAGGUGGUCGAUCUACUGGCGCCCUACGUCAAAGGUGGAAAAAUCGGCCUUUUCGGCGGCGCCGGCGUCGGAAAGACGGUGCUCAUCAUGGAACUGAUCAACAACGUGGCCAAGGCGCAUGGUGGUUUCUCUGUGUUCGCCGGCGUGGGGGAGCGCACCCGAGAGGGCAAUGACCUCUACAACGAGAUGAAAGUGGGCGGGGUCAUCAAGGAGGACUACAAGUCGUCGAAGGUGGCGCUAGUGUACGGCCAGAUGAACGAGCCGCCCGGCGCGCGCGCACGCGUCGCCCUUACCGGGCUCACCCUCGCCGAGCACUUCCGCGACAAAGAGGGACAGGACGUGCUGCUGUUCAUAGACAACAUCUUCCGUUUCACUCAGGCCGGCUCCGAGGUAUCGGCUCUUCUGGGUCGUAUUCCGUCAGCCGUGGGCUACCAGCCGACUCUAGCUACCGACAUGGGCACCAUGCAAGAGCGUAUCACCACAACUAAGGCGGGAUCUAUCACUAGCGUGCAGGCUGUAUACGUGCCAGCGGACGACCUAACCGACCCCGCCCCAGCGACCACCUUCGCCCAUCUAGACGCCACUACGGUGCUGUCGCGCGCCAUCGCUGAGCUCGGCGUAUACCCCGCCGUGGACCCGCUGGAUUCCACCUCCAGGGUCAUGGAUCCGAACAUCAUCGGGGCCGAGCAUUACGGAGUAGCGCGCGGCGUGCAGAAGAUAUUACAGGACUACAAGUCACUGCAGGACAUCAUCGCCAUCCUGGGCAUGGACGAGUUGUCAGAGGAUGACAAGCUCACGGUGGCGCGGGCGCGCAAGAUCCAGCGGUUCCUGUCCCAGCCCUUCCAGGUGGCCGAGGUAUUCACGGGGCACAUUGGCAAGCUGGUCAAGCUGGAGGAGACGAUCAAGGGAUUUCAGAGAAUCCUUGGAGGCGAGCUCGACCACAUCCCGGAGGCGGCAUUCUACAUGGUUGGCACCAUCGAGGAUGUGAUCGCCAAGUCGCAGGAGCUCGCCAAGAGCGUCUAGCGGCCGACAGAUGGCGCUGUUCCGUUUAUAUAGUCU